AUGAGGAGAUGCAGGGGCUCUCGGCAAGCUAGACUGCUCUCCCUGCCCAGCAGCUCUCUGUGCCUCUUCCCGCCAGCUCUUGCCCUGCUUUGCCGGAGGCUGUUGCCAUGACACUGACUAAAGGCUCCUUCACCUACUCCAGCGGGGAGGAGUACCGCGGCGAGUGGAAGGAAGGUCGCAGGCACGGCAUUGGGCAGCUGACGUUUUCCGACGGCACCGCCUACGUGGGGCACUUUGAGAACGGGCUGUUCCACGGCUGUGGAGUGCUCACCUUCUCUGACGGCUCCAGAUACGAGGGGGAGUUUGUGCAGGGCAAGUUCAAUGGCGUUGGAGUCUUUACACGCUGCGACAACAUGACCUUUGAGGGCGAGUUCAAAGGCGGGCGUGUGUACGGCUUCGGUCUCCUGACCUUCCCUGACGGCUCCCACGGGGUGCCCCGCAACGAGGGCUUCUUUGAGAACAACAAGCUGCUGCGGCGGGAGAAAUGCACAGCCAUCAUCCAGAGGGCCCAGGGUGCCUCCAAGUCUGCCCACAACCUGACAGCAUGACGGUGCCCCACAUCCCCUUCCGCCAGAGCAGGGACCCCUCUACUUGGGCACUGGCUGGCCCUGCUGGCCCUGGAGCAGGGAUGUGGCACUGCUGGGUGCCUCCUUGCCCUUUGUCCCCACCAAGCAUCCUCCUGCCAAACCCCUGCUGCUGGAGGGGAUGGGACCCUCCGCUCUCCACCCAAGUGCCCCGGGGCAGCCAUGGUGCCUUCUCUUUCUGGCUGUAGCCCUGGCACCUGCUGGAGCAGCAGGAGGGCAGGGUGGUUGGAGCUUGGCCUCUCUGUCUCCCAGAAAGACUGUGGACCACUAGGGCUGCAAACCUGCUGCAGAGGAUGGAGCAGUGGGACAGGGGCUGGUCCCUGACCCCACUGCCAGGGUGCCUUGGCUGGGAGCUGCUUGCUGGACAAUGUGCCCCCAGAGGGGCAGUUCCUGGCUUGCUUCGCUGCCCUGGUCUGGAGGCAGGAUGGGUACCCUGGGCACGCUGUGGUCUGUACCCUCAGUUCUGGGUGACUGGCCAUCCCCCUGCAUGCCCUGGGUAGGGUGGCAUGGUGUCUCGGAAGAACCCAGCCUGCUCUCGAGGCCAGCUGAUUCCCCUCAUCCCUGUGUUAAUCCGCCUUACCCACUGCCUUGGCGACACCAGCAGCAGCAUCCCCACCUAGGGGGAUGGGGAGAUGCCCAGCCUGGCUCAUAUCUGCUGCAUGCUCGUGGAGGGUGGGAGCAAGGAGCAGGGUCAGCAGGAGCCUGGUAUGAGGGUCACAAGCAGGGCUGAGUGGGGUGGCAGGACUGGAGCAGGGGGCCUGGGCAGGGUGGAAGGGUAUAGAGGCAUGGCGAAGGGGCAGGCAGGGGGAACGCAGCUCCCCAUUUUGCCCUCCACAUGCAUCCUUCAUCUCUCUGCUGCAUGCUCACCUUCACCCUGGUGUGGUCCGGCUGGCUGUGGUGCAGGGGUCCUGGAAGCCCUCACUGCCUGGUGCGGGGCCGCAGGGGCCAUACCCUCCCUGCUGGUCUCUGCCCACACCGGUCCCGUGCCUUGCCGUGACCCUGCCUUGUGCUGCUGCCUGCACGGGCCUCAGCUGAGUAAACCAU